AUGUUUGACGAAAUGCCAAAAACAUUUUAUCGAAAAUCUGCUUUGCUUAAUUCAUAUUUACAUAUGUUGAUAACAUUUGGUGAAAUAUCAAAUGCAGAAAAAUUUUUUACUCAGAUUGAAAUCAACGAUUCUAUCAAUUAUAGAGUGAUGAUGAAUGGCUAUAAUAUGAAUAAUAGACCAGAACAAUGUUUGAAUUUUUUUAGACAAAUGCAACAGAAAAAUAUUGUAGCUGAUGAACUUACAUUUACAAUUAUUCUUAGUGCAUGUUCACAAAUCGGCUUGUUAUCAAUAUGUGAACCAAUUGUUGAUAAAAUUCCUUCUAAUAUUUUAAAUCAUCAUCGUUUACAAAUUACAUUGAUUGAUAUGUGGAUGCUUGGUUACGUUGAUAAAGCAUUAAAAAUAUUUGAACAUGUUCAAAAACCUAAUGUAAUGAUUUAUACAGCUAUGAUUAAUGCAUUUGGACUUAAUGGAAUGGGCUAUGAAGCUGUUGAUUUAUAUCGACGAAUGCCUAUUGUUAUUCAAAAUGAAGUUACUCAUAUUUGUGUAUUGAAUGCAUGUUCUCAUUCGGGUCUUAUUGAUGAAGCUCAUUCUAUUUUUAAUAACAUUAAAGUUAAAACAGAAAGAAUAACUACAACUAUGGUAGAUUGUAUGAGUCGUAUGUUUAUGUUUGAUGAAGCUCAGAAAUUAAUUGACAAUUUUGAAUCAUGUCAUCCACCUGGUUUCGCUAUGUAUAGGGCAUUGUUAUCUGGUGCACGGAAUCAUCAAAAUUUUAUUUUAUUAGAAAAAGUAUUUAAUCGAAUGAAAAAUCUAUUUCCAGAGAAGAAACAAGGUCUUACAGCUGAUUUUAUUUUUCUUCCUAAUUCUUACUCAUCUGUUGGAGAAGAUGAACAAGCAAAAGAAGUUCAACUCAAACGAUUACAUCAAAUAGGAAAGAACAAAAUAGUUGGAAUAACAUGGACUGAAGGUAAUGGUAAAGUAGUGGUAAAAAUAUUAUACUUUAAUAAAAAGAAAAAAAACGAACAAAAGUAUUUGUAUGCUAUGGCGAUUUAAAGCACACGAUAAUACUCAUCAGAGGUCCAACCAGGCCGCAUUUUUGCAGGCCUGGCCGGCCUAUGGCAGGCCUCUGAAUUCCAAGCCUGCCUGUGCCUGCCAACUUAUUUGUUUGGCCUGGCCUGGCUG